AUCAUCGUAACAAAGAUGGCGCUCGAUAUGUUGUUGUUUUUGGAGUAUACUGAACCCGUACCAUGUAAAAAGGGAAGAGUUGAAAUUGCUGUCCAAUAAAAAAAGUAGACAAAACGUGUUCUUCAAAGUAGGACAUAGUGAUGCCUAUCACACAGAAUAUUUUGCUUGCUACACUUGUCUGCAGCUCAGUUGGAGCAACCUUUGUAAAUAAGUAUGUCCUGUCUGUUCUUAAGUUCACAUAUCCAACAGUUUAUCAAAGUUGGCAGACCGGAGUAACAGCAGCCAUCUUGCUUUCUUUAUCUGCUUUUGGUUUGAUACAGUUCGCAGUGAUUGACAGGCAGUCUUCCAAGCAUUGGAUUCCUGCAAUGUGCUUCUUUACUGUUGGUAUAUAUUCUGGGUCGAAGGCUUUAUCAAGGCUUCCAAUCCCAAUAUUUUUUACGAUGUUACAUCUAGUCCAUGUAUCAAUUGCAUUUGUAGAUGAAAUAUACUUUAGAAAGCAUAAUUCACCUUUGUCGUUAUUUGGCGCGAUUUUGGGACUUGUUGGAUUAGCUGUUACAAUCAAAAGUGACACAGAGUUUGACGUUCUAGGAUACAAGUGGAUGGUUGUUCAUUGUCUUUGUUCAGCUUCAUACUCAAUAUUUGCGAAAAAAGUUUUCAAAUCUUCUUUAAGAGAGAUAGACAAGAUAAUGCUGAAUUCAUUGUUCAGUGUAAUUGUGCUAAUGGGUUUUGGUACUUAUACGGGGGAAGUUGGAAGGUCGCUAAACUUUCCAUUUAUUUAUUACAAGAAGUUUCAUGCCGGAUGUAUUACCAGUGGCAUCAGCGGUGCACUAUUAGGACUAUCAUACAGCAGAUUGGCAGAGGUUAUGCCUGUCUCUAAAAUUAGGUGGAUUAGCACGUUGGCAAUGGUAUUAACAUCGGCGUUAUCCCUUUUCAUAUUCCAGUUUACACUGUCGGUACCAUUAGUGCUCGGCAUUACUGUUGGCUUGCUUGGCUCCGUAAUCUAUACAUAUUCCAAUUACGCUAAUACUGACAUAGGAACAGACUCAAGAAAGGACGAAGACGUUUUGCCCAACGAAAGAAUUGCCUGACUUCGUAUAUUAUUACAUGAAAUUGUUAGCUUGUUAAUUGGGCAUCUUGCCUACUAAAGUGUAAGUUCAUGUAAUUAAUGGAAAAUGUAUAUUUUCUAAUUUCUUUUAAGAAAAUCCUUUGUUUUCAUUUGAAACAGAUCGAUUGUCGAAUGAGAUAUCGUUUUGCCACUUCAAUGAAUCAUUUAUCUGUCAUCGAAAAAUUAGACAUAAAAAUUGACUAAAGAAUGCAAAUUUUAAAUAGAGUGAUCAAUGCUGACUGAACAAGUUGAAUGUUUCAACUGACAGCUUUUCAAUUGGUUUUUCAAUUGGUAAACAACACUACACAGCAAUAAAGAGCACUGGAUAUUUCUUAUAUUGACGUCAUCAGUGCAUUUUAUCAAUACACGGCUCGUGGGGCCAGGUGAGCCUCUUUCUGGGUCAAAAUGUUAAGUUUGAAUAGUGGUAGCGAAUAGUAGAAUAAUUAUCUUCUACCUUCUUGAAUUGUAGAGAUAGCUCAUGUAGUGUUAUCAAACUCCCAUUUUCGUUUAGAUUUUUAUUAGUCCGUGGCUUAACUCAUUAUAAGAACAAACGGUAUACUCUGUCAUUCUGUUAUUCGCCUUAAGCGUUUGUCUACAGAAUUUUUGCGUUCUUUUAGAAUUUGCAAAGCUUCACAACUAGUUGGCUUCUAAACGCUUAGUAUACAAAUGCACUCUGCACUAUUUUUUACUACACAUGUCGGUAUACCUGGAGAAAUUCACAUUUAAUGUUUAUGGCAAUGAUUUAGUAGAGGCUCGGUAGGCUAAUUCACACACAGGCUCUUUUUAACUAUUGGUUAUGUCA